CCGGGAAACGCAGGCCUAGGCAGGAGGACUGCUGGUCCCGGGCGGGGCGCCGCGCCGGGGAAGGCCGAUGCGCGGACUUGUCGCCCGUUCGCUUCUCGUGCCGGGCGGUCGGUGGGAGGACCGAAGCCACCCGGGAUGGCGGUGCAGGCGGCGCACUUGGAGGCGGACGCCUUCCUGGUGUGCUUGAACCACGCGCUGAGCACCGAGAAGGAGGAAGUCAUGGGGCUCUGCAUCGGAGAGGUUGACACAAGCCGAAUUGUUCACAUUCACUCAGUGAUCAUUCUACGCAGGUCAGAUAAAAGAAAAGACCGUGUGGAAAUUUCUCCUGAGCAGCUCUCAGCUGCUUCAACAGAAGCAGAGAUAUCUUUUUACCAAGUUUAUGGAUUAAUAACUUUCAGAUUGGCUGAAUUAACAGGACGGCCCAUGAGAGUUGUAGGCUGGUACCAUUCUCAUCCUCACAUAACAGUUUGGCCGUCACAUGUAGAUGUUCGCACACAAGCAAUGUAUCAGAUGAUGGACCAAGGUUUUGUGGGGCUCAUCUUCUCUUGUUUCAUUGAAGAUAAAAACACAAAGACAGGCCGGGUCUUGUAUACCUGUUUCCAGUCCAUUCAAGCCCAGAAGAGCUCAGAGUACGAAAGGAUUGAAAUUCCUAUCCAUGUUGUUCCUCACAAUACCAUUGGGAAAGUGUGCCUCGAGUCAGCUGUGGAACUGCCAAAAAUCUUGUGUCAAGAAGAGCAGGAUGCAUACAGAAAAAUCCACAGCCUCACUCAUCUGGAUUCUAUAACCAAGAUUCACAAUGGCUCAGUCUUCACGAAGAACCUCUGCAGCCAGAUGUCUGCCAUCAGCGGGCCCCUGCUGCAGUGGCUGGAGGACCGUUUGGAGCAAAACAAACAGCGGAUGCACGAACUACAGCGGGAGAAAGAAGAGCUCUUAGAGGAACUGGCUGCCCUGGAAUGAGGCAGGCGAAGCCUUCCGAGAUAAGAAGCAAAGUGCCUGCUCUACGUUCCUAGGUCUGGCCCCAUCUUGUCUUGCUGCUUCUCCUGCCCCUUCUUCCAUCUUGCAGCCAUCCCUGUGCUGCAUGGCAUUUUGGGGGGGGUGGGGUGAGGAUUUAAUUGAGCAGGACAGCAGAUACUGUGGAGGAAAGAAAAUUAACUUUUUUACAUGGUGGACUUCAUUUUUUUUUUUUUUUUUUUAAUGAAACAGGCCUUGAAGUCAUCAAGGUGAGAUAAUACAAGCACAGCAGCUUAUUGUCCUCAUUGUAUUUAGUAGCAGCUAAUUCUUAGUUAUCUGUGGAUGAACCAUACUGGUGGUCUACAGAGGCACGUGCUAUCUCUUUUGCCUCAUUCUUGCUCCUAUUAAGUUUCUGACUGCAGAACCAGGAUUUGGCAUGUCUCUCUCUUUUCAAAUGGAAUAAAGUCAAAGAAAUGA